AUGUUUGCAGCAAUAGCUUCUGGUAACCCUUUGCAAUUGUCCACAGAAGUUCCAAAUUCCAGUGGUUUACAACAUACCAUAGUUCUAUCGUCGACAAAACCUAAAUCGUAUUCCCAUAUAACGUUAUUCAUUUUACCUAAUGUGACUUUCCCUGAUAAUUUCAUAGCCACAGUAUAUUUCAAAUUGAGUCCUACUGAAGAUUUCAAGCUAUUUGGUUACCUUGGUAAUGAGAAACCUAGUGCUAUCUUCAAAGUGAGGUUACCAAAUGCUACUACGUCGCGACCACAGAAUUCUAGUUAUGGAGAUGGACUGGGUGAGAUUGAUAUGGAUGAAGAUGAAGGAGAUUCCGUGCCGAUUGGGUCGCAUAACAUAUCCGAAUUGAUAAUAGGUAUAUCGAUCGAAGAAAGAGAGCAAGGAAUGAUGAAGAUAGCAGAAUGGAAGGCUGCCCAGGCUCCGGCUGCAACAAUUCAUCCUUGGUGUUGUCGCGACCCGGUAUGGGGGGCGAAUAUUUUGACUGUGGGACAACUCGCCACUGUGUAUCCGAAACUGACGCAGGAGUUAGCUGCCAAGAUAGUUCAACACGCUUAUAACUAUCUUUCCGGAUUUUUAGAUGCCAGUGGUAACGUAUCGAUAAAGAGAUUUGACACAUGGUGGGAUAAAUUCAAGACAAGACUGGCGAAUGACGGAACCUUCCUUGAUGAAGUUACCGGUGAUUGA